GCCGUCUUUCCCUACUCCAACCACGUUUCCACUACAACUCUAUUGUGUAGUUCGUUGCUGCGCUACAGUACGAAAAAGGACGGCAUUCUCAUUGACAUCAUGGAGGUGGAAAGAGUUGUAGCGGCCACGCAGCGGCCUCACAGUUCGGCCCUGGACUUCGUUGUGCACUACCUGCAGCUGAUCUGCUCCUGGCCUCUUGCGCAAGUAAUCUGCGAGUACGUGCUCCCGCUUUCGUUCGCCGCAACGGCCGUCCCGCCGUUGCUGUACUAUGCCCUAGGCGAGCACGACAACAGUGCAGAGCUCGUCAGUUUCAUGGCAGACGCACUUGGCUCUAUGAUGUGCGCCAUCAAAAUGCUUGCGCUGCAGAAGCACGCCGUUACGAUCUUGGCUGUCCGCAAGAUCGAGGAAGAAUUCACGCCCAUGGAGCGCAAGGUGGCUACGCAGGCCGUGACGCUGAACGAGCGCUGCGAGAAGCGAUGCACAACCUUAAUGCGGUGCUUCGUGUACUCGUACGGGAUGCUGUCUGUUGUCGCCAUCGCCGGCAUGCUUCAAGCCGUCAUCCGCAACGACCCGUGGCUCUCCGUCAAAGCUCCUACCUUCGUUUUGCAGACACGACCGAUCUACAUCUUUACUGUGGUAACAAGCAUAGUCGAGUACUCCCUCUUCCCAGUAACGGUAGGUAUUUUUGACAGCCUGCUCAUUACGCUGUGCCUUCACAUCGCCUCCAAGUGCGAUGUUCUCGCCUUGAUGAUGCGGAAGUUAGUGUGCGAGGAGGCAGCAGAAGACGGUGCCGCGAAGUUGCGUUGCCUGCGCCUCUGUGCCGUCUAUCAUCAGCAAAUCAUCAGGCUUCACGGCGCGGCCGAGUCCAUCUUCUGCACUACCGCCCUGUGCCAGAUGGUUUUUACGCUUUUCGGCCUUGCCACCCCGCUUUUUCGCAUACUAGGCAAGACAACGGCGGUGACAGUGCACGAUAUCGCCUUCGGCGCUCUCUACGUGGCGUACACAUUUAUGGAGUUGUUCACCUUUUGCUACUUCGGUGACGUCGUGGCUGAGUCGUCUGCGUUGCUGUCCACGGCCAUCUAUGGAACAUUCUAUCCGUCGCUGUCGCCAAAGGACACCCUUGUAGCCCGCAUCCAGAAUAUGAUUCUCCUGCGCACGCAGAGGCCCCUGUUCCUCACAGCAGGCCGUUAUACAAACCUCACUCUCAAUUUGUUCCAAGACGUAAGUCACGAACACCUAGUAUUCCCCUAAACACGUUCCGGCGAAAGAGAUUCAAAUGAAACUCCGCUGGAAGGCAGGAGAGGGCGUUUCGUUUGCACUUGUAACUCCUAUUUUCAGGCACUCAAUACGCAUUUUUAGCCCACUCUUCUGCUUUGUAAAAGCUAUAUAAGCGGGCUUGUUGUGCCGUCGCCCCUGUGGCUGUCCGUGUGUCCGUCUCUGUCAGUUCCCCAAGAACGACGUGAGCUAGAGGUCUAAAAUUUUUAGGGUAUCAUUGGUGUCACUCCUGGACAACGAAACGGUUGGUGCAAAUCCGGUUAACCACCCCUAAGGGAGGUAUCAAAGAACAAGCAGGCCCGCCGUUGCACCAAACGGAGUUGCCAGAUCCGCUUCGCUCCGCCGGCAACUCCGUUCGGACAGGGGCCGGGCCUGCUUGGCCUGCUGGCAGCGAUGGUCGGGCC